AUGGGUUUCACUCCAUUCAGCAAGACGCUUCACAGCCCGAAUGACUCCCAUAAAUACGCAUUGACGAGACGACCAUGGCGACUCAAUGUGACAGAUUUCCAAACGAUCAUUGACUUUCCUUAUCGUGGUAACGGCACGUCAGACGACCCAUACAUUGUGGAGUGGCUGGAGAAUGACCUCGAAAACCCUAAGAAUUAUAGCGAGGUCCUACGAUGGAGUACCACGGCAUUGAUAGCAACCAUGACACUUUGUGUUGCCCUUGCCUCGUCUGCAUACUCGGGCACCGUUGGCUCGCUGCUCGCUGAAUUCAAAUGCAGCCAUGAGGUGAUUACCUUGGGUCUUUCGCUCAUGGUCCUCGGAUAUGCCGUGGGACCGUUGCUGUGGGCUCCCAUCUCAGAGUCCGUUGGUCGCCGCAAUAUCUUCCUCCUUUCUUAUACUGGAUACACGAUUUUUACCGCUGGUUGUUGCGGCUCACAAAACGUUUGGACUCUCAUUAUCCUCCGUUUCUUCACUGGUCUUUUUGGAUCCAGUGCCUUAUGUAUUCCCGGAGGUCAAAUCGCAGAUAUGUUUAAAGCGGAGCUCAGAGGACUUGGAAUUGGCGUCUUUUGUCUUGCACCAUUCAUUGGGCCGGCUCUCGGUCCCAUCAUUGGUGGGUUCCUAGGCGAUGCAGCUGAUUGGCGUUGGGUUAUGGGCCUGUUGGCUAUAUUCGGGGCGUUGUUAACAUUGAUGGCAUUCAUCUUUAUGCCUGAAACAUAUGCUCCGGCAUUGUUAAGAGCACGCGCUGGGCGCCUGUCGCAAGCCACCGCAAAGGUUUAUCUGACUGCCGAAGAUGCGAAGAACCCAAUCAUUUUCAAGGAAUUGGUCAAGCACGCGCUGCUUCGGCCGUGGGUUUUACUAUUCCGUGAGCCUAUUGUUUUUAGUCUGACGCUCUACAUGUCAGCCAUCUAUGGCACUCUUUACUUGUGCUUUGCUGCAUUCCCAAUCGUGUUCCAGGAAAACCGUGGCUGGAAUGCCGGCGUUGGAGGCCUCGGGUUCACAGGCGUCUUGGUAGGCUUAAUCGUCGGAAUCCUCAUUAUUUGCUGGGAUAACAAACGAUACGUCCGGAUCUACCGUGCAACCGACGGCUUUGUACCUCCAGAAUGUCGUCUACCCGCAGUCAUUGCGGGUGGAGUAUCUAUUGUUGUCGGGCUAGCCUGGUUUGCCGCCACCGACUCUCCUCAUAUCCAUUGGGUGGUUCCAAUCAUGGCCGGAGCUCCGUUUGGUGCAGGAUUCGUCAUGGUGUUCAUAUGCUGCGCCAAUUAUCUUAUUGAUGCGUACGUGAUAUUCGCCGCCUCAGUACUUGCUGCCAACUCCGUGAUGCGGUCCAUCUUUGCUUGUGUCUUCCCUCUGUUUACCACCUACAUGUUCAAUGACAUUGGGAUCCACUGGGGCGUAGCCGUUCCUGGAUUUAUUGCACUCGCCUGCCUUCCGUUCCCCGUGUUGUUCUAUAUUUACGGUGCAAAGAUCAGAGCGCGUUGUAAAUACGCUGCACUAGCAAAAGAACAUCUCCGGAGCACUAAAGUGAACGGGAACUUGAGCUCACAACCCUCGACUGAGUUUGAAGAAAAUGCGAUUACCAAAGUGUAG